AUGAGUUUGGAAGAUACUUUGAGCAACUUGACUAUUUAUGACGCCAAGAAGUAUUUCAGAAAGGCCCAAAAUGUGGUAUUUAAUUACACUGAAAUGGAGGGUAAAGUCAGGGAAGCUACCAAUAAUGAACCAUGGGGUGCGUCAUCUACUUUGAUGGAACAGAUUGCACAAGGAACAUACAAUAUUAGAGAAAGGGAGGAGAUAUUAAGUAUGAUCUUUAGAAGAUUUACCGAGAAGACUGGAAGUGAAUGGAGACAGAUUUACAAAGCUUUGCAAUUGCUGGACUAUUUAAUAAAGCAUGGAUCUGAAAAAUUUAUUGAUGAUGUUAGAUCAAGUGUUGCUGUUUUGAAAUUAUUACAAACUUUCCAUUACAUUGAUGCAGAGGGAAGAGAUCAAGGUAUUAAUGUUAGAAACAGAGUUACUACUUUAAUUGAGUUACUUAGAGAUGAUAAUAGUAUUCGUCAGGAAAGGAAAAAAGCAAGAGAAACCGCCAAGAAAUAUAAAGGUGUUGCUGGAGGUUCAGCUGCUAUGGGAGCCAACCCUAGAGCAGGUUUCAAUGCCUCUGGUUCUCAGGGAAUAAGUGUUAGUGCUGACUUUGAUUCUGAUGAGGAUGAGGAUGCUGAUUGGAGAUCAACAGGCCAGUCAUCAUCAGGCCAUUUUAGAGAUCAAAGCUCUGAACCUGUGACAGGUGAUAAUUCUGAACCAGCCUUAUUUGGUGAUGAGAAUGCAGAUUCAGGAUUCAGAGAUAGUACGUCAAGAAGUAGUAACUUGGCAGUAAAUAAUGGAGAUGACGACGAUGAUGAUGAUGAAUUUGCCGAAUUCCAAGUUGCAGUUCCCGUGGUUUCACAAAAUAAGCCCCAACAGCAGCAACCCACAUCCUUAUUUGACCUCGAUAUGCAAGGAUCUACAAUACCAACAACACCCGCCACUAACGUGAAUAAUUAUAAUCCUGCUAAUGGUGUGAUACCUGCCAUUGCUGCGGAACCUAAGAAGUCUGAUCCAUUUAGUUCACUAUUUGCUAGUGCCAAAACUACUUCUAGUUCUGAAGUCAAAGUAUCUCAGCCUAGGAUAGCGAAGGAUAUUAAAACGCAGCAAACGAAUGGCAAUAAGAAUGAUGAAGAGGACGAUGACUUUUUUGGCGAUUUAGUAUCGUCCGCUGGUCCACAAUCCAAGACAACUAGCCCACCACCAUCAUCGAGCGCCAAUAAUAAUGUUACGCAAAACACUCAAUCCCAAACUCAAUCAAACGAAAUUGAUUUGUUGGACUUCUAG